GGCAAGCAACCAUGACGUUUGUAUGGUGGCGCCAUCUUUUCGGCUCGUGCACGACGUCCAUAUUGUAUUCUGGUUAGUACGUCUGCGAAGUAUCAGUAAAUUAGCACUUGAUUUCGUCACAAAGGUACUCGUAUCAUGCCGAAGAAUAAGGGAAAGGGAGGUAAAAACAGGAGGAGAGGGAAGAACGAGAAUGAGACCGAAAAGAGAGAGCUCGUCUUCAAAGAGGAUGGUCAAGAGUAUGCCCAGGUGAUCAAGAUGCUUGGGAACGGCAGGUUAGAAGCCAUGUGCUUCGACGGCAUGAAAAGACUCUGCCACAUCCGAGGAAAACUGAGAAAAAAAGUAUGGAUAAAUCAGGGAGACAUCAUCUUGGUUGGUUUGAGAGACUACCAAGAUGCCAAGGCGGAUGUCAUCCUCAAGUACAACCCAGACGAAGCAAGAAACCUCAAGUCCUACGGCGAGCUUCCCGAGCACGCCAAAAUCAACGACACUGUCAACUUUGGCGAGGAAGAAGAGGACGACAACAUUGAGUUCGACGAAGUCAGCGGGGACGAAGACAUCGAAGGGAUUUAAGUCAUCGCUGUGGGCGCAUUGGAUGGUGUCAACGUAUCAGACUGUACCGGCAGUGUUAUUUGUAACAAAUCAAUCAAGGCUUCAAGUUCCAAGUGUUCUGCCAGCAAAAUUUAUCUUCUUUUUGUUCCCCAGUUGUUUGUUAAAUCAAACUAAUUAAAGGUAAUAAACCAUAUUUAUUCCUUUGUAUUUGGUUCAGAAAUAUGCACUGGGCGUGUCUGCAUGACUGGAGAGAACGACUCUUGGGGAGCAGUGCUAACUCUUUGAGGAAGGAGAAUGGACUAUGUGCUUUUAAGGUGUUUACUGAAAUUAGUACAUAAAUAACAACAUGCAAAUGCGACGUUUUAAAUGUAUGCAUAGUUCGAAAUUGCUUUUUUCAGUUGAUCACAUUCAAGGUGUGAUGGAUGUAAGGGGUAAAUUUGUGAUACGUUGCUUUUUCCAAGUGGCAUGUCUUGUUCCCUCUGGGGUUGAUACCAUGAAGUGUGGUUGGGUGUAAACAAACUAAUUUCAACGCUACUGCUGUUGAUGGAAAUGGCACUGAGGUAGUGUGUGAUAUGAAUUCACUGAUUUGUUUUGCUCACCUUGAAUGCAAUUUCCCUAUUCUGCUGUUUUGUUCUUUUUAAAGCUUACCAUUUGGCAAUUUGCUAGCAUGUUUCUACGAAAGGAAUUUGCGGAUUGUGGCCGAAAUGAAAUGUGUAGUAUCUAUCUCAUACCCGUGCCUCACGGGCAACUCUAAUGCCAUUUACAACGAAUGACAUUUGAGCGGACGGCCAAUCAGCGCGCGACACUCCGGGCGUGGCGCAUUCAACGUGCGACAGGUUGCGAGCUGAUUCGCCGUUCACACAAAUGCCAUUUGUUGUAAAUGGCAUUCGAGUUGCCUGUGUGGCACGGGUAUAAGCUUGUGCAACUGAAUGACAUACAUACUUCGUUGUUUGUAGUCUUGGCUGUAAAUUUUGAACAUUUUGGUUUGUCUUGUAUGCCAUGAAAGUGAACCUUGCAGCAACCCUGAAACUAAUUUGCUGUAAAAAGGUGAUUAUUUGCCAGUAAUAAAGUUCUUUUUCCCCCAUA